AUGGCGGGCGCGGGGGGCGCCGGCGCGGGCGAGACCAAGGUGAUCUACCACCUGGACGAGGAGGAGACGCCGUACCUCGUCAAGAUCCCCGUGCCCGCAGAGCGCAUCACUCUGGCCGACUUCAAGAGCGUCCUGCAGCGGCCCGCGGGCGCCAAGUACUUCUUCAAGUCCAUGGACCAGGACUUCGGGGUGGUGAAGGAAGAGAUCUCGGACGACAACGCCCAGCUGCCCUGCUUCAACGGGAGGGUCGUUUCUUGGCUGGUGUCGUCCGAGAGCCCCCACCCGGAGACGGGACCACCUCCGGCCGCCGCGGCCGAGCCCCGGCCGGAGCCCGCCCUCCCCCCGCCGCCUCUGCCGCCCCUGCCCACCGAGCGGACCAGCGGCAUCGGCGACUCGCGGCCCCCGUCCUUCCACCCCAACGUGUCCGGGAGCCAGGAGAACCUGGACCCCGAGACGGAGACGGAGUCAGUGGUGCCGCUGCGGCGGGAGCGGCCGCGGAGGAGGGAGAGCGGCGAGCACGGGGGCGGGGGGCACCGGCCCAGCGGCCCUUCGCGGCUGGAGCGGCACCUGGCCGGCUACGAGAGCUCGUCCACCCUGCUGACCAGCGAGCUGGAGAGCACCAGCCUGGGGGACUCGGACGAGGACGACACCAUGAGCAGGUUCAGCAGCUCCACGGAGCAGAGCAGCGCGUCGCGCCUCCUCAAGAGACACCGCAGACGGCGGAAGCAGCGGCCCCCGCGUCUGGAGCGGACCUCAUCUUUCAGCAGCGUCACGGACUCCACCAUGUCCCUGAACAUCAUCACGGUCACUCUCAACAUGGAGAAGUACAACUUCCUGGGCAUCUCCAUCGUGGGGCAGAGCACCGAGCGCGGCGACGGGGGCAUCUACAUCGGCUCCAUCAUGAAGGGUGGCGCCGUGGCGGCCGACGGGCGCAUCGAGCCGGGGGACAUGCUCCUGCAGGUGAACGACAUGAACUUCGAGAACAUGAGCAACGAUGACGCGGUGCGAGUGCUGAGGGACAUCGUGCAUAAGCCCGGCCCCAUCGUGCUGACCGUGGCCAAGUGCUGGGACCCGCCCCCCCAGGCCUACUUCACUCUCCCCCGCAACGAGCCGAUCCAGCCCAUCGACCCGGCGGCCUGGGUGUCCCACUCGGCGGCCCUGACGGGGGGCUUCCCGGCCUAUCCCGGCUCUUCUUCCAUGAGCACCAUCCCCUCCGGAUCCUCCCUGCCUGAAGGCUGCGAGGGGCGCGGGCUGUCGGUGCACACGGACAUGGCUUCGGUCACCAAGGCCAUGGCGGCCCCGGAGUCCGGCCUGGAGGUGCGGGACCGGAUGUGGCUCAAGAUCACCAUCCCCAACGCCUUCCUGGGGUCGGACGUGGUGGACUGGCUCUACCACCACGUGGAAGGCUUCCCGGAGCGGCGCGAGGCCCGCAAGUACGCCAGCAGCCUGCUGAAGGCCGGCCUCAUCCGCCACACCGUCAACAAGAUCACCUUCUCCGAGCAGUGUUACUACGUCUUCGGCGACCUCAGCGGCGGCUGCGAGAGCUACCUGGUGAACCUCUCCCUCAACGACGACGGGUCGAGCGGGGCCUCGGACCAGGACACGCUGGCUCCUCUGCCGCUGCCCGGGGCCACCCCCUGGCCCUUGCUGCCCGCCUUCUCCUACCAGUACCCGGCUCCGCACCCUUACAGCCCCCAGCCGCCCCCCUACCACGAGCUCUCCUCCUACAGCUACGGCGGGGGCAGCACCGGCAGCCAGCACAGCGAGGGGAGCCGGAGCAGCGGGUCACCGCGCAGCGACGGCGGGGCCGGGCGCGGGGGCCGUCCCGAGGAGCGCGGAGGCCCCGAGUCCAAGUCGGGCAGCGGCAGCGAGUCGGAGCCGUCCAGCCGGGGCAGCCUGAGGCGGGGGGCCGCUGGCCCACCCAGCGAGAGCGGUACUGAGCCCGGGCCCGGGGCCGGGGCCGGGGCCGGGGCCGGGGGAGGAGCGCCCGCAGCUCCCCGGGGCCCGCGGCCCCACCCGGGCCUCCACCCCUACACGCCCCCGCCGGGCGUGGGGAUGCCCUAUAACCCCAUGAUGGUGGUCAUGAUCCCGCCGCCCCCGCCGCCCCCUCCUCCGCCGCCCCUGCAGCCCCCCGGGGCGCCCCCGCUGCGGGACCUGGGGUCCGUGCCACCCGAGCUGACCGCCAGCCGCCAGAGCUUCCACAUGGCCAUGGGCAACCCCAGUGAGUUUUUUGUGGAUGUCAUGUAGGCCCUGCCCCCCAACCCCCACCCCCACGAGUG